AUGGCUUUCAAUCCGGAUGCCGAACUCGACUUGAUAGAGCUAUACUACGCCACAGAGAAUACCAAAUACUUGGCUGCGUCUCUCUUUGUUGUGCUAGUAUGCGAGACGCUCGCAACUAUCCCGCUGGAAGCCAAAUAUGUCUGGAACUCACGCUGGUCAUUUGGUCGAAUCAUGUUUCAUGCCAACAGAACAUGGGCUCCCGUAAUGCUCGCGUAA